CCAGUACCACCCAGGAACCCCAUGCGUGCUGCUUAAUGCCAGCACAAAUGAAGGCCUUGUGGCAAGUAUUGGUGUGUGGGUCUCAGCUUAUUUGCUUUCUCCUCCAAUCAUGGGUGUGUCCUUCUCUCUUCCCCUCCCAUCACCGAGGUAGUUCUCAGGAUGGAAAAACCCAAAACAGAACAAAAAGCCAAAUUGUGAGAAUGGGUCCAACUCAUAUGCAAACCAGGAACCCAGAAAUUGAGGCCUUCAACUUCUAUAAACAGUGGUGAUGAAACUAGGUUUUGAGACACCCACAUCCAGAGUCCAGGAGUUCCAAGUUAGUUCAGGCCACUUAGCCUCAUAUGCCAACUAAAGAGACUGUUGAAGAGCAGAGAAAGGAGACUGGUUAUAUGGUGUCCGUGGAAGUAGCACUUCAGUAGAUCUUUAGCCACCUACUGAGGUACAGAUAUUAUUGGCUUCAGUUAAAUAGGAAGAAUUGAGGGCAGGGGGGUGAGAAAGGUAUCAAAGUUAAAACAGUCUCAAGUUCCAGGUAUGGCCUUGGUUGACCAUUUAUUAGCUCAGACUUGGUCCCUGGAAGCGUUUCAGAAAAUUUGCUAUCACUUUAUUGCUGGAACAGAGCAGGAACAAGAUGGUCUCCCCAAUUUUUGGCUGUUCUCUUUAAGAUGAUAAGAAGAAGGCAUUGCCUAUUUGAGAGGCAGUUUGCCUUUCACACAAGAUGUUUAUCAGUGAAUAUUCUUUUUCUUGGAGCCUAUGGUGGUUGUAAAUUUGAUUGCAGUGGAGAAUAGUUAAGGGCACAGAUACUGAGUUGGGGGACUUUUAGUCAAUUCAGAGGGUCCAGCAAAAGCAUCUUUUAAGUUGCCUCUUAUAACAAGAUGAUGAAUUCCUGAGCAAGAUACUUCAGAAAAAUCCAAGAUCUUCUAUGUCCAGAAUCUUCCUUGGAGCGGAUCUUCUGUUUGUGCCAGAAAAUAUCAUGUUGUUAGACAAGAAUAUUCCCAUUCCACACAUCAAGCUGAUUGACUUUGGCCUGGCUCACGAAAUUGAAGAUGGAGUUGAAUUUAAGAACAUUUUUGGGACGCCGGAAUUUGUCGCUCCAGAAAUCGUGAACUACGAGCCCUUGGGACUGGAGGCAGACAUGUGGAGCAUCGGGGUCAUCACCUACAUCCUCCUAAGCGGAGCCUCCCCUUUCCUGGGAGACACGAAGCAGGAAACACUGGCAAAUAUCACAGCGGUGAGUUACGACUUUGACGAGGAAUUCUUCAGCCAGACUAGUGAGCUGGCCAAGGACUUCAUUCGAAAGCUUCUGGUGAAAGAAACCCGGAAACGGCUCACCAUCCAAGAAGCUCUCAGACACCCCUGGAUUACGUCCAAAGGAGAGCUCAGAUCCCCCGAACAGCUAAAGACACAGCCCCCCCAGCUGAAGACCAAACGCCUGAGAGAGUAUACCCUCAAAUGCCACUCCAGCAUGCCCCACAACAACUCCUACGUCAACUUUGAGCGUUUUGCCCAUGUGGUAGAGGAUAUGGCUCGGGUGGAUCAGGGAUGUCGUGCCCUGGCAGAGGUUCAUGGCAUUCUCCAGGAUGACGUGGAGGCUCUGGUCUCCAUCUACAAUGAGAAGGAGGCUUGGUACCGAGAGAUGAAUGAGAGCGCCCGGCAUGACCUGUCCCAGCUCAGGUACGAGUUCCGGAAGGUGGAGUCCUUGAAGAGGCUCCUUCGAGAAGACCUCCAGGUCACAGGAUCCAGCCUUGGAGGGGUGGCUAAGAAGUUGGACCAUGUGCAGGCCCAGUUUGAAGCUCUGAGGCGGGAGGUCUCCGCAGACCUCCAGUGGAUGCAGGAGCUGGUGGGAGGCUUCCAGCCCGAGAGGAAGGACACAGAUGGCCCGGGCUCCGUGUUCUGUCGGGAUGCCAGUGAAUCCCUGUCUGAACUGCUGCACAGAUCACGCACCGAGGAAGUCCUGGCUGGCUUGAAGCUCUGAACGCUGGGAUCCAGCCAUAGUGCAUCUAGGAUGAUGGACAGAAGCCUGUGUCUUUCACCCUGCCUGGCAGGCACCCAGCUACAGUUAUCCUGCAGGGUGUGUGUCUAUAGCAUAGCCACCCCCCUCCAGAAAAUUCACACUCACUGAAGUGCUAGGUUUUUAAAAAUUAUUAUUGUUUAUUUUGGUCCUUGUAGUGGAGCUUGAACUCAGGGCCUGGACAUUUUUGCUUGGCUUUUCGCUCUAGCAC